AGUGGCCGCGCGCGGAGGGGGACUACUUAAGGCAAAGGCCCGGCCAGCGCACUCACGUCUUGGCUCGCCGACAGCGCACUACAGCAGCACGCGCGCGCCACACAAAAACAGUCAGUUUCGACAGCCGGCCACGCAUACGACGGAGGAGCUGAGAAGAUGAGGAGCGCAGCCGCGUGUCUGGGCGUGCUGGCCUGCCUGCUGGGCGCGGCCACUGCCGGUUACCACCAGCCCUGGAAGCCGGACGAGAUUGUCAAGCUGGUCCACAAGGUUGUCCCGUACCCGCACCCUGUACCGGUGCCCAAACCCUUCCCGGUGCCUAAGGUGAUCCACGUGCCCCAUGUGGUCCACGUGCCGCACGCGGUGCCUGUACCGGUAAAGGUGCCCGUCAUCAAGAAGAUCCCCAAGCUGGUCCCCGUGGCCAAGUACAUCCCAGUCCCGAAGCCCGUGCCCGUGCCGCACUACGUGAGCGUAGGCGUGCCGGUGCCGGUCAUCAAGCACCAACCGGUGCCCAUCUACAAGCACGUGCCGGUACCGCGCGUCGUGCCGGUGCCGGUGCCCGUCAAGGUGCCCAAGCUGAUACCUGUCCCCGUGCACAAAAUCAUCCACGUGCCCAAGCCCGUCCAUGUGCCAGUCAAGGUGCCCGUCUUCAAGGAGAUCAUCGUCAAGAAGCCCGUUGAAGUGCCCGUCCCAGUCUACAUUAAGAAGCACACGCACUACGGAGGCGGAGGCUACGGCGGUGGCGGCUUCGGAGGAGGUGGCUUCGGCGGCGGUGGCUUCGGCGGCGGCGGCUACGGAGGUGGCGGCUACGGAGGCGGCGGCUUCGGAGGCGGCGGCUACGGCGGCGGCCACGGCUGGCACUGAAGAUUUUAGAGUCUAGCACGUGCCACGACCACUCUAGAUGCGUUCGGACCAACCCAAGCAGGGACUUUAAGGACAGAAAAGGAAGCGAACGCCGGCUCCCCGCUUUCCGAUCGCCGACGCUCUCCCAUUGCGUCACAUCCUCCCGUGCGUGAUGACGUCAUAUGAUGCUGGUUGCGGCGACGAGCGGAGAGUGGGGAAGCAGGAGGAGAGAAAGGGGAUCACUCAACCGUACCCCUUUCUCAGAAGGGAGUGCAUUCCUAAACAAUUUUUUUCGAAAAUUUUUUCCCUUUCCUUCGCUUUUGCAACCGUAGAAAACAAUUUAAACGACAUAAAUGUAGUUUUGCCGUUAGAGUUGUUCUAAUCGCUGAUGUAUAAAACGCAUUUCGUGUUUAUUCACAGCCCAAAACAGGGGGAUGUUAUGAUUGAUGAGUGCCAUUGGCAGUUUGUUGCUCGAUUCCGUGUCGCAGGGCUUGAGCGUGAGGCAGCCGCGUUGACCGUCACUCGAGAGACUGCUUUCAAACUCUUCAUCGAGAUGAACGCGCUCGCGAACGAGCGACGGACCGCCAUUCACGAGGUCUGAAAAAAAAAAAUGAAAAAAGAAAACGAUGAUUGAGAUGUCGAGGACGUGUAAGGUGCCUUCGAAGUUGAUAAAACUACGCGAGUUUGUACAGCGGAAGCAUGUUCUUCAAGAAAAAAAAAAGAAAGAAAAACACAAGUGCUUAUGAAACCGCGUCACAAGCAGUACAGCUUAGCUAAGUAUAUUCCUUGUUGCCAGCCCCAGUCAGCGUUUUUUUUUUUGUUACCUUUUUUUCACGUUCCGAGACUAAACUGCAAGUGUAAAGCUAGCUCUUGACUUCCAGUAGGAAGGAACCCGAAUAGGACGAUGCGUCUUGUAUACUAUUGCGCGCCCUUUGCGCCUCGCUUCCUCAGUCGUACAGUCUUCUUUAGAGCCUCCUUCAGUGUCUGACCUCAACCCUCCCCCUUAGCCCCCCCUCCUCCUCCUCUUUUCUCGUCACACGGAGCCACACUGGGUCAGUCAGAAUGCGACCACAGAGUGCCUCUGUUCCUCUCGUUGGUAUUCAUAUCUUCCUUUGUUUCCUGUUCUUCGCCGGCUCAUGCAGCCUUGACGCUUCUGUAAAAAGUACCUUUCGGUCUACGCCGUCUUCACUUUCCUUCAUGUCUUUACUCUUUCACGUUUUUUUUUUGUUCUUUAGUUCUUCGUCAUAGGAGCACGUGCAAUUUUCAAAUGGUUCGCGCACCGCCUAGGGCAACUUGGCGGUUUGUCGCUUUGAACAUUCCUAACGAAAUGACGUACACGUAUACCAAACAUUUCCUCCGCUUGCUGUCGCAGGCACCGGCCACGCUGUAUGUAUGAUAGCGCGAAGAGAAAUCGACACGCAGGAAAAGAAAAAAAAAUUUGCAUGCGCACGUUGUUUCGCGAUAAUCUGUUAAGCGCCUUUAUUAGACAAUCGCAAUACUCGAUUAUCAAGCCGAGAUGAGUGUACUUGCGCGCAUUGCUCCUGUCAUUUCCUUGAGUUGUGUAUAUAUGUAAUUCAUUUUUACUCCUGUUUUUUUAUUAUUACCAACUAUGUCGAAUAAAGAAAACGUUGUUGUAUUUAAAAAAGAA